AUGAAUUCCCCGUCCGACGCGGUGGUCCCUGCGGGUAAUUACGACGCCUAUUAUGCCUCCAUGCUGCCUGCGAUGUAUUGCAGAGUUGCGAUCGCUUCAUUGGUCCUGUACGACUGGAUGAUCACCCUUCCUCGUGAGGUGCAAUUGUUCUGGACGGGAAAAUCCAGCAUUCUGUCUGUUUGUCUGUUCAUAUUGAACCGGUACCUAACCGUUAUCUGGUGGAUCCUCGACAUGAUCAAAACCGCCCCCUUGUUUGACAAAAAGUCUGUCUGCCAUCGAAUGGCCUUGGCCUCCCUUAUCGUCUAUUCGUUUGUGCUGAUUCCAACCGCACUCUUCUCGUCAUUGCGGGCAUACGCUCUAUCUCGCCAAUGGAAGCUCGCAUUGGCCAUCUUCGUCCUCGCGAUUGUUCCAGUUGCAACUCAUGUGGUAUACCCCUCAUUGCUGACUAUGUUCCCAUAUGGUCCAUUCGGCAUCGUGGACCCGAAGUUGGGAUGCCUUUGUACUGGUACCCUCCCGUCUGCUCUCGACCAUGGCCGGGUUUCGGCCAUCCUGGUCGAUGCAGUGCUCGUGGCUAUCACCGGCGAACUCCUGCCAGUGUCCGCACAAUCAGUGCGAGAUCUCCUCAAGCUCUGGAACAGUACAGGUCUGAUGGGCGUCAUGUUGCGUGACGGAAUGCGCUACUUCGUUGUGCUGCUCUUGAUAAACACCCUACAUCUAACUUUCACAGAGCUCUCUAUUGUCACGGCUAGCGGGAGUACCAGUGUGAUUUCCCUCUUCACAACAGCGAUCUCGUCCAUACUCGUAUCCCACUUUCUCCUCGAUCUCCAAGAAGCGUACCAGAGGAAGGUUGUCUGCCUGGCGUCCAAUGACCCUCUGCGGUCUUCGCACGGCGUCAACUUGUCUUCAAUUGCAUGUGAACCCGUUCUCGGCUCGCUAGGCGCGACCAUUGAUCCUGCCGACUGGGAAUUCCCGGAACUCUAUGCUGGCGGGGAUAAUCCACUGGCCGAGGACCCCUUGCCGACCGAAGGGAGCCAUCCACAGUGCUCACUCGUCGAGGACAGGGUGUCAGUUGCAGCGGGUGGAGGAAUAGCGAUUUCCGGAGAGCAUGUUGGAAGAGCGGUCCAGAUCUGA